AUGUCAUCCAGAAUGCAUAAUACGCGAACCGGAAUAUCGGAUAUGGUGAGAACAGCACAGGAGGGAGAAAUAAAGAGGGCUGCAACUCUUAAAAUGUCUGCCGAGGCUAGGCUUUUGCGUCACCAAGAGUUGGAGCGUAUUCGAAAGCAAGAGGAGGAGGAGUAUACGGAUGAUUCAAACCAUGCUCGAACCUCCUCAUCACGGUACAGCAGCCGCCAUUCGUCGAUUGAGCCUACCUACACCUCCGGCACCUAUGGCAAUGACCCACGGGAGUUGAAACGUCUUCUUUUGCAGUUGGAUGAGAAGUACAAGGACGUUCUCGUGAUCAACGCGCAGCUGGAUUGUGAAAAGCAGUUUCUUACCUAUUCCGUAGACUUGCUGAAAGAUAAACUGGAGGACGCCACCGAGUCUAACCAGUAUAACCAAAAAUGCGCUGCAGAUAGGAAAAAGGAGUUGGCCUAUCAACGAAUGCAGUUGGCGGAGCUGAACCAUCAGCUAGAGAUAGCGCGACAACAGAUAGCAAUCCGUGAUGAGCUCAUCACAGAGCGCGGUCUGGUGCUAGUGAACGUGGAUGGCAGUGAGAGUAGCGCCGGGAUAGCCAACGGGGACACUGGGCAGUCUCUUCUCAAUGGAGCUACUGGUUGCGAGUCCUCUCACUCCUCCGCCACCCUUCAACCGUCGUCCCAUGCCCUUCCCUCCUCAAAUGCUGCUCCUCUUGCCGCCUCUUCUUCCUCCUCCUCCUCCUCCUCCUACACCAUCCUUUCGAAGUCCAAUGCAGAGGCACUAAAAUCCAUCUGCGGAUCUGAUAUCGAUUCGAAAAUAGCAACACUGUUAGAGGAGCGGGCGAAGGACAAGGAGCGCAUCGAGACGUUGAAGUUGCACCUGGCGGAGGAGCGUGAGCGGAUCGAACUCGUGCAGAAAUUGGAUACCCGCGCCAAGGGUGGCGAUCCAGAGAACUUGCGGCAAGCAGUUCAAGCUGCUCGAUCUCAAGCCCAGGAGUACAAGUUUCGAUUGGAACAAGCAAACCAGAAAAUCACCGGGUUAGAGGGUGACAUCAUACGACUGGAAGGUCAGGUGAAGCGUUUCAAGACUAUUGCAGAAAACGCCGAGAUGCAGGAGGAUCAAUUGAAGCAGGAAAGGCGCAAAAUUCAUCGUGAGCUUCGUGAGGCCCUCUCAACAAUUGACGACCUCAAGUCAGAAAACUCCACUCUCCAGCGGAAAAUCGACAAACUCUCCCGCGGCCCACCGGGAGUCCCAAGUGGUUCUAGCCUCCGAUACUACCGUGGCUCCUCGCAGGCUCGGUAG